CCGCAGGCCCCGUAGGCCGCCGCAAAAACCGCCGACCGCCUACCGCUCACGAAUGCCUCAUGGCGACCGCGCAGCUCCGCCCCGCAGCUCCGCGCGCCACGCGCGCAGCUCCGCGCGGCUUAUCAGUUCCCCAGCUGAAGGUGCGGACGAGUUCCUGUGUCUAUGAGACGGCUGGGCAACUCACUGAGCACCUGAAGCGGGACCCCGAGGUGCAACUGGAAGCAUCUGGUUUGAAAGUCGCGGAGAAGAGCCUCCGGAUCUUGUCUCUCGCGGGUGCUGACCUACAAAAGUGCACUGGAUACCUUCCAGGUUUUGGUGCGCUUGGCUUGCGCCUGGACCACUUCCGUGCCACGACACUGUCCACGCCCUGUGAGCUGCGCGCUCGGGUGGCGAGGCUUCUAGAACCACCUCUCGUCAGCGACAGUAUUGUGCAAGUGGUCACGAAGAAGUCCUCGUGGCCUGGCCUGGCCGAAGGCAUCCUCCACCAGCUGGACGGAGGCGAAGCCGCCCUCGAGCACUUUGCAGAGUGCUUCCGCUUCGUGGGCGCAGGACCGGCGGAGCUGGUGCUUUUAGCUGCACAACACGUGGAGAAGGAGCGGCCUGGACUGCGCUUGGCACUGUGCCCCUCCUUGGGUGCCUCUUUGGACCACACCGGCGGCUUCCGCUAUAACGAGGUGCUGGUGCUUCUGUGUUCUUGGAGCAACGUCGCAUCAGAGGCACCUGGCCUGCCAGCGAUCCGCCCACGGCACAGUGCCAAGUUCUUGGAGGCUCUAGAGGCGGAGUGAAAA